AAGAAAAAUUUUCAAUUGUAAGAUGCAAUAAAUCUUUUUUGAUGAGAAAUCACCCUAAGCUUUUUUGAAAAUUCGCACACACAUGUAUGAUUCAUAAUACUUAAAAAACAUAUCAACGAUACCACAAAGUUCGCCUUAAUAAAGAUGGCUGCGACUAACGUGGAAUGUGUCGAUUUUUUAGAAUUUCAGGAUACGUUAAAAAAAAUGAGACAAUUCGAUGAUAAAAUUAUCUACAAGCUAAAUGAAACUAUUCCAACUGAAUCAUUUAAAGGGCAAAUAAAUUUAUCAUCGAAGUGUGAAGAAUUAUUUGAAGAAGUUCAGAAUAGUCAUAUACAAAGAGAAAGUGCUAUAAACAAAUGUUUACUCGCUGCCAAAGAAAGAGUGAAAUAUUUGAAGAAUCAAAAAGACAGUCAAGGAGAUAAUCCAAUAUUUAUAAAAAAUUUAAGAAAAGAACAGACUAACUUACGCUUACUACAAUCAGAGCUCAGCGUUGAAGAAGUUUUGAAAAACCGUACAAUGAACGCUUUUCAUGAUAAGUGUCGUGGUUAUUACAAGCCAACGAAUGUAUCCUUAUAAAAUUUUUUUUAAUAGAAUUCUUCUGCAUGAUGAUGUAUAAUUUAUAUAAAAAAUAAUGUAUGUAAUAGUUAUUACAAUAAAAAGUAUAUAUGGUUUGCUCUAUGGAGAGAUCAAUAUGGAAGAAUUCUUGAUUCUCUUGUUACAAUGUAUAAGUUACUUAGUUGUGUAAUAAAGAAUUUAAAGUUUAAUUAUAACAACGAACAAAUAUAAAAUAUUUUGUUAUAUAUACAUAUAAUGGAAAUUUGCUAUUCAUUGUCUUUAUGAUACAUAUUUUAUAUAAAUAAAAUAUAAUAAAAAGAAACAAAUGAAAACACCAAACAGUUACGAACAAAAUACAUUUCACAAUUUAAAAAAUAUUUUUCCCUAACAUUAAAAAGAAUAUGGUAUAAAUGACACUUUAAUGCAUCUAUAUAUGUACAUAUGACAGUUAUAUUAUUGAAAUAUAAAGAAAUUUGCGUACUCAUAUAUAUAUAUAUAUAUUUUGGUUACUAAGGCUACUUCAUAAAAAUAGUUUUUAUUUUUACGUGUAAUAAAUACAGUCGACUAUUUUUCAAAACUAAUCUAAAUAGUAAUAUCAUUGUAAUACCAUAACACUUCAUAAUUUUUAAAAUACUGCAUAUAAUAAAAGUGUAUAUUUGUAUAUUCUAAUUUUUAUCAUGUUAUAUAAA